AUGGCAGCCUUUGUGACCCAUGUCACCUUAGAUCAUUUAGAUCGGUUUGCGCAGCCUGACGCGGAGGACUUGAGCGGCAAGACGCCUUCACAAAAGGCGACGACGCAAGCCCGCUCAAAGGGAUAUGACGGUAUAUGUCUACCCCUCACGAACGACAAGUGGAAAGCGCGGUGGCGCGAACUAUGCCUGCUCCCCGCUGAGGGCAGUCCAGCUGCUGAAGCUCUGGAACAGAGUGCCGAAAAUUGGAGGUCGAGGCCUGUGUUCCUGGGAGAUGAGGUGACUAUCACAAGACUAGAUGAGGCAGAAAAUUCUAUAAUCCUGUUCUCAGAUUGGCUGGAACUAGAUGCUACAGAUGCAUGGGUGCGUCACGACGCUGAAAUCGCUCUCCAACAAGAACUCGCCUAUGCAUCCUAUCUGAACGUCCAUACCGCCAUCCUCCCCCCACCCCACAACCGCGAGCAUGUAGCCUCUUAUGCUCGGGCGAUCAACUCUGUCCUUAGCACGGUGCCAUACAUGCAGCUUUCUGUCCGUAUGCCAAUAUACGACCCAUCGAUGAUCCACCUGGACUACGGCUCGCCGAAGAAUGCGACGAACGGACCCUCCACAAAGCUUGUCGACGACCACCCAUCGAUUGCGACUUGGGAGAUGUGGGACACCAUACGGUGUAUAUGUGACUACCAUCCUCGCUUGACUUUGGCCCUGGAUCUCACGCCGCCACUGCCCACGUCCUUGGACGUCCUCAGACAAUGGGUCGCGGAACCCACGAGACAUCUAUGCUUGCCUGCAUCCACCUUUAUUCCCAAUGCCAAAGGUUAUCCGGUGUUGCCGAAGUCUACGCAGUCCUUCAUCCGAGAAAUUAUGAAACUGCAGCCCGUCGUAAUUCUCUCGGGGACGGAUGCGGGAUUGCAUAGCAAGGGGGGCGAGGCAGCGUAUUCGCAAUACGUGCGCCACCUCGAGAAGGCGAGUCCUGCGGUGAAGGCCAUGCAGACCGAGGGGACCGUUGAGCACUUCGCCCAAGGGUACCAGGACUAUUUGCAGGCGCCGUUGCAGCCCUUGAUGGAUAACUUGCAGAGCAUUACGUACCAAACUUUCGAACAAGAUCCUGUCAAGUACAAGCAGUAUGAGGAGGCCGUCUUCUUGGCUCUGUCGAAAUGGUCGAAGUCGGGUCGGAUUACCCUUUGUGUCGCCGGCGCGGGCCGUGGGCCUCUGGUCGCCCUGUCGCUGAACGCGAUCAAACGCACAAACAAAGAAUGCUUCGUAUAUGUGGUCGAAAAGAACCCGAAUGCUUUCGUGACGCUCCAAGAACGAAAGCAGAAUGAGUGGGGCGAUAAAGUGCAGCUGCUCUUUGGAGAUAUGCGUACGAUCCACGUACCAGAGCAAGUUGACAUUCUCGUCAGCGAACUUCUGGGCUCCUUUGGCGACAACGAGCUGAGCCCGGAAUGUUUGGAUGGGGCAAUGCGGUUCCUGAAACCGGAUGGCAUCUCCAUCCCAGCAUCUUACACCGCCUAUCUCGCUCCAAUCUCCUCUUCGAAGCUGUACAAUGAAGCACGGGCAAGCAAGGACGAUAAGAGUUUGGAGACACCCUAUGUCGUCAUGCUGCAAUCCAUCAAAAUUCUUAGCGGUGAUGGAGGCGGGCUUAGUGGAAAGUGUGGGCCACAAAUUCAGGAAUGCUGGGAUUUUGAACAUCCCAGGAGAGAUGCUGUCGUCAAUUCUCAAGGACUCCCGGUGACUAAUAGCCACAAUACCCGCGCAGCGAAACUGACAUUCCAUGUUCCUCAUGGAGGCGCGCUUCACGGUCUUGCUGGCUAUUUCGAGGCCGUGUUGUAUGGGAAUGUUGGGCUGAGUAUACAUCCCCAAAGGAUGGACAAGAUCUCGAAGGACAUGCUCAGCUGGUUCCCUCUGUUCUUUCCGUUCAAGGCGCGUUAUGAACCCCUGUACCUUCCCAGCAAAAGCGAGCUCCAAGUGACGAUAUGGCGGUUGACCAAUCAACGGCAAGUGUGGUACGAGUGGUAUGCUGAAGCGUUCCUCGCGCUCCCGGACGGUUCCCCAUUGGUCUCGGCCACUUCCCCUCCCCCACGACGCAUAUCGCUUCGCGUCCCCACGCAGCCUGGCGCGAUCGAGGCUAGUCCAUUCAUUGACAAUGUGGAGAUUCCCGAGACGCCACGCUCAGGGAGAUCUGAGUCGGACUUCAUAUUCGACUGCGCGAGCAUGAGGUUGGUUAAGAUCGGGCAGACGACUCUUCAUAACCCCGGGGGACGGAGUAGCUGGAUAGGCCUGUGA